GCUCCUCCCACUUGAAGCUGUCCAAUCCACGCCUUCCUCAUGCUGCGAGGGGCGCUCGCUGCCUUGGCUCUGGGCUGGGCAGCCGCCUGGCUUUGGGGUCGCGGGUUCGAUCCCCGCUCGUGGCUGUGGCCGGACCGUGAUGCUGAGCUGGUGCUGAGCGCCGACGAUCUGAGCCGCUACACUGGGGCGGAGGAGAGCGCUGGGCUUUACCUAGCUGUGCUGGGGCAGGUCUUUGAUGUGCAACGAGGACGCAAGCAUUAUGGGCCAGGGGGCGCUUACAGCUUCUUUUCAGGUACCUGUUUAAGCCCCCUCUUAGAACACCCCCCCAAAAAACCCCCAAAAUAUUUUACAGGUUGGUAUGUUGAGCGUAGUCAGGCAUGGCCAAACUCGGCCCUCCAGCUGUUUGGGGACUACAAUUCCCAUCAUCCCUGACCACUGGUCCUGUUAGCUAGGGAUGAUGGGAGUUGUAGUCCCAAAACAGCUGGAGGCCCAAGUUUGGCCAUGCCUGAGCAUAGUCAUCUCUGCUCCUUUUGCAUACUGGAAGGUGUGUUGAGUGCUGGACAUGCAAAUAGGUGUGCACAGUUAGACUGGACUUUGUUACUCACCAGCAUAGCUCAGUUGGUUAGAGUGCGGUGCUAAGAAUGCCAAGGUCACAUGUUUGAUCCCCGUAUGGAUAACUGCAUAUUCCUGCAUUGCAGGGGGUUGGACUAGAUGAUCCACAGGGUCCCUUCCAACUCUACAAUUCUAUGAUUUAUGUCCCUCACCCUUCCUCCCCAAGGAGCCCAGGGCAGCAAACAGACCUGCAAUUUGAAAAAGGAAAGCAAAGCAAAACCAGUUAAAACCAAUUACAGUAAAAGCCAUUCUUCCACCCUCUAUGAUCAUGGGUUUGCCAAGAACAGUAUUCUCUGGUCAUCAAAUGCCUGGGCAAACAGGCAUAUUUUCAGAUACCUCUUGAAAGUUAAUAAUGACGGAGACAGAGAAUGGAGGCCUUUUGUGGACUAUUAAAAAAUGUAUAUAUAUUACAGUCAAAUGAAAUCAUGGGCAGGAUUUGAGAUAAAAGCGGGAGGGGGGGGAGAUAAAACAAUUGUAAUAGAGAAUUUUUUACGGAUAGUAGAAAGAGAUUGAAUAAGAACACUGUGGAGAUGAAGGUGGGAAGUCAACUUAUGAAAAAAUGUAUUUCAUUUGAAGGUUAUUGUGCAAAUGGUUGAAAAAAAAAUUUCCCCACACAUAAUGAUGAUGAUGAUGAUGGAGACAGGUGGACCUCACAAGGGAGGGCAUUCCAGAGACAUCUCUUCCAAAUUCCUGCCACAUCUUGUGGGCUGGUCCUGUAAUAAUUUCCUUUUUUUACCAUUUCACUGUUAGAAUAAUGAUGAUUAAAACAUUUGCAAUGUUCUUUUGCCAGGAAAAGAUGCCUCUAGAGCUUUUGCGUCGGGCGACUUCACCCCAGCAGGACUGGUGGAUGACAUUUCGGGACUAUCACCGUUACAAAUGCUGGCCAUCCAGAACUGGCUCUCCUUCUACAGCAAGAAUUAUGUGCUUAUUGGUAUGUGAUCAAUUGGCAGCAUUGAGGGAAUCACCAGCCCCAUUUUGGUUCCUAUCCUCGCUCACCAUUCUAACAGUAGCAGCAACAUGUGUGUCAGAGUGAACAGCAGUGUGUGUGUGUGUGUGUGUGUGUGUGUGUGAGGUGGAUUAAGACCAUUAUCGUUAUUUUUAAUAUUUUUCCUUCCCUGUUCAUAAAAUGCACAGGCAAAUAAAUGUAUCAAGUGGAGGUUCCUCCAUGUCUGUAAAAAUAAUGGAAUCAUGUAAUACAGCCCAAAAAGAAUUACUUUUGCAUUGGACCAGACUCAGUUGAAACUUGUGUGUCAGUUUCUCAAGUAUUAUUAUUAUUACUUGUUAAACUUAUUAGUCACCUGUUACCCAAUUGGGGAGAAAAAUACAGAAAUACAUUGCAGUGGUGUCCAAACUUUUUUUAAAGAGGGCCAGAUUUGAUGAAGUGAAGGGCCGUGAGGGCCGACCAAAGUUGUUGAGUUUUUUUUAGGGUUGAAGUUGUUGAGGUUUUUUUUAGGAUCUUACCUCAGGAAAUAAACUGCCACAGGGGCAAGAUUAAACUGACCAGCGGGCCGGAUUAGGCCCCCAAAACGGACUUUGAAUAUGCCUGCAUUAUAGCAUAGAAUAGGGGGGUGGGAAUCAUAUUGAUCACAUUAAUAUUCCAUAUAACUUAUUUUCUGGAGGGGGAACUUGCUUACAUGAUGAUGAUGAUGAUAAUGAUGAUGAUGAUGAUGAUGAUGAUGUACCAGGUGCCUAUAGUUACUUCCCAAAAGUCUCGCCAGGCCCUGUGCCAGAUCCUGUGGGGAGGCUGCCUCUCUGCGCCUCUCUCUCGCUCUGCUCUGAGGGUUGCCAUGGCGUCAAGGUUACUGCGGGUGUGCGGGGCCCUGCGAGGCCUCAGCGCGGGCCGGAGUCCCCUGGGCCGGGGCCGCUGCGCCUGACGGGGCCGCCCGCUCCAUGGGCGCCGGAGGUAUUCCCAGUGAUGAAGAACAGGCUACAGGAAUGGAGAGGAAAACCAUGAAAGCUUUAGAGAAGGGGCUGGAUCCUUACAACAUGCUACCACCCAAACGAUACGCUGGAACAAAGGAAGACCCCAACAUAGUCCCUUCAAUUACAGACAAGAGGCUUGUGGGCUGCAUCUGUGAAGAGGACAACAGCACUGUGAUCUGGUUCUGGCUGCACAAGGGAAAUCCCCAGCGCUGCCCCUCCUGUGGAGCCUAUUACAAGUUGGUUGGCUACCAAUUGCCCUGAUUUGGCUUCAAAGCUUUGCUGAGCUCUCUCCAUUUAUGAUUUCUGGAUACAGGGCUGAGCUACGUAGCUGUUUAUGUCACGAUGUAUCACAUUCCUUGAAACCUAAUAAAGUCUUUGACUCAUUGUGUGGAAAAAAGAAAAAAAAUAUGAUGAAUGAUAAUUAAUUGAGCUGUGACUGUACCCUUACAGGCAACCAGUUGGGGUCUGAAACCCUCUUUAAUGUGGGGUAUUCAGGAUAGCAGAUAUGCCCCUUGGGCCUUCAAGUUGCCUCUUCUCCCAGGCCUUUAGCUAAUUAUACAAUCUACGGCCUUUUAAACUGUGUGGGGGGGUUUUGAUUGUUUUUGUUUGUUUACUAUGGUGUGUAUUUUUGUGUUUCUAUCUUGUAAACCACCUUGUGGUCCUUGGAUGAAUGACAGUAUAGAAAUUUAAUAAAUAAAUAGCCACUCCACGCGUUUAAAGCACUAUGGUUCUGAGAGUUGUUAGGAGAGACCCCUUCCUCCCCAUACAAAACUGCAGUCCCCCGUUUCCUGGGAAGAGGAAUUGACUGUUAAACCACUCUAAAAAUGGUAGCUCUGUGAGGAAAAAUGGUUGUGUGUGUGUGUGUCCUAACACCUCGGCACAUUUAACAAACUACAGCGCCCAGAAUUCUAUUGUGGGGGGAGGAAGCUGUGACUGCUAAAAUGGGAUAAGAGUACUUUAAAUGCAUGUUGUGGAUGUGGCCUAGAUAGUGGAACCUUCUAAGCUUGGAUUUCAUAUAAUCAUAGAAUGGUAGAAGUGGAAGGGACCACGAGGGCCAUCUGCAAUGCAGGAAUCUUUUGAUUUGGAAGAUCUGUUAUGACCCCUGGCAAGGGGAAGGACUAUAAGUUGGGGGAGAGGCUGGUGAGUUGCUUUGAUGGAGCUGCUUUAUGGAGGGGCGUGGGAUGAUGGUGUUUUCUUUCCGUUCUUGGAACAGGCAAAGUGGCUGGGAGGUUCUAUGAUGAGGAUGGAUCGCCCACGGAGGCUCUAGCGCAGGCCCAAGCUCUCAUCGAGGAAGGGCAGCGGAUGCAGACCCGGGAGAACGAGAGAAAAAAGCGGUUUCCGCCGUGCAAUUCGGAAUGGAGCUCAACCGGGGGAAGUCGGGUCUGGUGUUCAAAGCAGAGGUACGGUUUGGGAAGGGUGGCAAAAUGGCGGCUGGCUGAGUCUGUGGUGACUCACCAGAGACGUAGUUCUGGGACCUAGAAAAUGUUUUGUUUUUCGAUACAUACAUUCAUACAUACACGUAACGUAACAAAAUAUAACAGCCAAAUCAAAAGGGGAUAUCUAGAACUGAACAUAGCAAGACGAAUUUCCAUACCAAAAUCAAGCAUAACAGAUCAAUAUUACUAUGUUCCAAGUAUCAUAAAUGGAUUUACAUUAUCCCGGAUCUUAUUGCUGCAUUACAUUAUAAACAGACCAUUUCUCCAUUUCUUGAUGUCCAUCUUUCUCUGGUUUUGAUCAUAUAGCUAGGCUUUAACCAUGCAUACUAAGUUCCACAUUUUAGUUGUCCAUUCUUUAAUGGAGGUUGUCAUUUCCCCUCCAAUUUUGACAAAUAACAACUCUGGCAGCAGUCAAGAGAUGUAGUAUUAAUUCCCUGUCCUCUUUUAGUACAGUUUCUUUAAUGUAUCCAAAUGGUAGCAGAUCUGUAGUCAAGUAUAACCUGUUAUUACUUCCAGUUUUGUUUCUACGUGGUUUCAAUUUUUUUUUUUUAAUAGUUAAUUUACUCUUCAACUAUUAUGUUUUUAGCUUUCUGUGUAUUUUAUCCGUACUUGCUUUAAUUUUGGUGAGCUGCCUUGAGUCUCAUUUCUGGGGGAAAGGCAAAAAUAAAUAAGUAAUUUGCUGCUCACAUGUAUUUGCAGUGGUGGAGUUAACAGAGACUGGAACGGAGUCCCGAGGAAGCUGUACGAGCCCGGCUCCAGUCACAGCCAGUGCGUCUGUGUGAAUACAGAGGGGUUGCCUUCUGAGCAGUCACAGUCCACCCAGAUGAGUGACAGAGGUGACCUGGACAACCCUAACCUGCGAGAGUAUGAAGGGUGCCACCCGCUGGCUGACUGGUGUGCUUUAAAAGACUGAACCAUCUCUCUAUCCUCUUUUUCUCUCUCUCUCUCACACACCCACACACCCACACACAUACCUUACUUGUGGUUGGGCACGACGUUUGCAAAUUAUCAGCAAAGCAGAAUUCAGUAUUGUACUCCAAAAUGGCUUUGUAAACUGUGGUUUGGUGAAACUGUGGCUAUUACUGUGUCUGCUGAAACUGCUGCUGAAUGUUGAGCAGGAAAGCGGCUCUAAACCAGUGUCUGCUUGGUGAGAUGAUGAAGUCAUGGUGCAGGUUCUAACCCCACACAGAGAUUUCCCCCUUCUUUCCCCCACCCCCAACCUCUUUAGCAAAAUUUAACUGCUCAUCUCUAAUGAUUUGAACCACUAUCAAGCAGAUAGUUUAGGGAAGUUUUUAAUAUUUAAUGCUGUAUUGUUUUUAACACUUGAUUGGAAGCUGCCCAGAGUCACUGGGGAAACUCAUUAUUAUAAAUUAUUAUAGAGCUUUCGAUAAGCCCACUCUUUCCUUGCAGGGGAGCAUAAUUCGUAUAUCACAAUAAACUCUGGUUUGUGUUAACCAUAGUUUAGAAAUUGAUGAUGUUGGAUAGAAAUUAAGUGGUUUCCAGCUGUAAUGCUUUAAGGGAAUAUGAAAAAUGGGUUGUUAAUAGGUAAAAAUCUAACAUUACUAUUUUAAGACCAAAGAUUAGGAUAAACAAAGAGGGUAAGGAUUUGCUGAACCAACAAAUUGAACUGGAAUACAAAAAAGGGAGGUAUGAGGAGGUCCGGGAAACAAGCUAAGGAAAAAGAAGUAAUGGAAAAAUUGAGUGGUUUUUAAUCAUUUUUAUUUUGUAUUUUUUCUUUUUUCCCCUUUUUAUAUUGUAACAUUUGGAAAAUCUCAAUAAAUAUAUUAUAAAAAAAAAAAAUAGAAAUUGAAGCUCAAGGAUCAUUUGCUGUCCUGUGCCAUGCUGGAGGGCAGUGCAGAUCAAUUAUGUACUUUUUAACCUCACACAAAAAUAAGCAACCUAAGCACUAUUAAAUCCUUCCACCAGGUGGCAUUUCUGCAACUAAUGAACACAUGCAUACCAUCAGAUUCAAUUAGGUUUCUUUAUUACAAGAAAUUACACAGGCAUAUAAAUAUUGAAAAAAUACAUAGCUUUACAAAGACUUGAGGAAACGUUGCAAAGUAAUAAUAAAAACCAGUGAUUUCCCAAAGACUCAUAUCCUUUCUUAGCCAGCCCAUCCAGGCCCGUUACCUCCAACCAUUAUCCUCACAUGCAAAAGGUGUUGGUUUACUGCAGUAACUCCAGGCAGCUUCCAGGAGGGACAAGGAGACCAUAGAAGUGUCCAUUCUAGAGUUGAGGGCUCUCAGUUCUCAGGACUGCAGUUGCAGUGGUCAGUUAACCUGUGGUGUGGGUAGGGGUGCUGUACCACUUCAGACAGAUUUGGGCUUGUAUGAUAAGACUGCUGACCUAUAUAUGAAAGAAAAAUAAAUCCCUGUACAGAGCAAGUGAGCAAGUUGGGAAUAAGGCUAGGCUACAAUUAACCUCCCUGCCUUACUAGGGCACUUUAUUUUGUCUAUGAAGGAGCAUUCCCUUGCCUGCUCUCUGAAGUGAGUUCAGCAGACUGGUAUAAAACCUCAACUGCUGUUUGUAUGUUGGUCAGAGGAAGAUUCCUCAAUGUUCAGUUCGAAAUGCAUGCCUAUUUCCCAGGCAACACUAUUGCAUUCUGUUACCCUUUUCCAAGACAAAAACUAGUCCUUGAUUAAUAUCCUGCUAAAUAAAGCAACUUGCUAGACAACAAAAAUGUUAAGUUAGACCAAAUCUCUACUUGUGAGAUAGGUUUUAGAGAAGUGAUGUUUCGGAUGGUAUCCUGAGCAGCAGCCCCAUGGAUUUUCUGCCUUCUAAAAAAGAAAGUAAGGUGUGAGUUGGCCUGCACAGGUGAUCCCUGCUGGUUAAGGGUCAGGAGGCCAGCCUCAUGACUAAGCGUGGCUGGGUUUGCCAAACAAGCACAUUUCAUUGGAAUGUGGCAACAGAUGACAAUACAGGCAGCAUCUAAGGCCCCAUGAGCCUGGUUUGACCCAGACUCACAUCAGGCCUGUAGGAAGGAUGCAGCCCACUAGCUAUCAGGAGCAGAGUGAACUUCCUGUCGUUGCUCAUUUUCCUUGUGCAAAAAACCUGGGAGGAGAGAGAAUGCAUUUGGCCUAGUCGAUGAUGAGCUUUGCAGGAUGAAAGCAGAGGAGUUCACAGAGACCUUCUAGAAGAAAGGAAUGGUGGUUUGUUGCCCAAAACUGGGCCUCUUCCCCACCUCCCCAUCCCCAAUAGAAAGCCAGGGAGCACAGCAGCUGCAGCCAAGGGACUUUGACAGAAUUUCAUCUUGUGUUGGCGACAUCUCACAGUCAUCUUUCAGCAACGUUAGUUGAGUUACUUUACAAAAAGGCAAGUUCCCCAUGAUCAGGCACCGGGCAAUAGCUUCUACUGUUGCAGAAUUUAUUUUUUAAAGACAACUUGGAAGGGUACUGACCAAAAGUGAAGGGUUUUCCUUCUACUGAGUUCACAGUCACAUUCAACACCUCUGCCUAAAAUGCAGAACAGAAGGGAAAGGAGGACAGGGAAAGCAGCCAUGGGCUGAUGUUGGGUACACGGAGCUAAGAACAGGCAUUCUGCCUUCUGCAUCCUCAAUGCACACACUACCCAAGUUUGCUUUGGUCAUUAUGGAUUGCUUUGGAAGGAGUUUGGAUUUCCUGCAUCUUGAGUUGCAUCUUGUACUUUGCCUUCUCGAGAUGGGAAGCUAAAAAGCCUUGUAGGUCUGAAAAAUCAGCAAGUUGUCUAACAAAGAGGCAGCUAUCACC